UGUUUAUCAGGAGAUCUGGAUUGCAACUUGCCUUACAGUUUUCUGGAGGUAGUGGAAAGUCUUCUAUAGAGCUUCUGAGAAUUUUUGUUAUCGUCACUCUGAUAUCACCGUGUCCUUGAGGAGUUCAAGGUGGCAUAAUCCCUCCUCCUACUUUCCCCACAACAAUCCAGAAUAUGCAGAAUAUGCAAAGUGAAUGAUCGAAAAUCACCCAUUAGGCUUCUACUGUAUUAUGGCUGAGGGGAGCUAGAAUCUGAUUCACCCGGCUUAUAGUACGUCUUAAUCACUACACUAUACUGGCUUUAGUAUAGGCACCUCUUCAAUGGAGAUACAAAGAAUGCUGAGGAAACGUCUAUGGACAAACUACGUGCUUUACUGAGUGACAGUUCUACUUAUAAUUGACCUAUCACUGGAUUAAAGAAGUUGAACUUAUCCUCUUCAGCCUAGGACCAUUCUGAUGUAUUGGACUACAUAACUUACAGUUUCUAAUAAACAUGGCCACUGACAUGUUGGCUGAAAAUUAUAGAAGCUUUAGUCCAAAUAUUUGCAGGAUAUUAAAUACGAAAAGGAUAUUGCUGGAGUAUCCACCUUUGGCAUGGGCAACCUUUUGCAAACCUGGAGAAGAAUUGCUGGAAAUAAAGGAACAGCAUUCAAACCUUCCUUACUAAGAAGAUCCAAGGUGUGAGAAGGAUAGCUGCUUUAGCCUAGCAGACAUGCCUUUUGGGCUGAAAUUGCGAAGGACUCGACGCUAUAAUGUCCGGAGCAAGAACUGUUUCAUGACCCGGAUUCGACUGUUGGACAAUAGUGUGAUUGAGUGCACAUUGUCUGUGGAGAGCACUGGGCAAGAAUGCUUGGAGGCUGUGGCUCAGAGGUUGGAAUUACCAGAGACACACUAUUUUGGCCUUUGGUUUCACAACAAGAGCCAGCAAGUGCGAUGGGUGGAACUGGAGAAACCUUUGAAAAAGCAGCUGGACAAGUUUGCCAGCGAAUCUUUGCUUUUCUUUGGGGUCAUGUUUUAUGUGCCCAACGUUGCCCUCCUGCAGCAUGAAGUCACAAGGUACCAGUAUUAUCUUCAAGUAAAAAAAGAUGUUAUUGAUGGACGAUUGCGAUCUUCAUUUGAACAAGGGAUAAGGUUGGCGGCACUGGGCGUUCAAGCCACAUUGGCAGCUCAAGGUACAGGAGCACAUGUGCCCAUUCUUUCCCCAUCUUAUUUAUUUAUUUAACUAUAGCAAUACAUUCCUAUUAAA